UGCACCGUCGCCUCCGCGUUUGCUUCUCUGUCAUCCGCUCAUUGCGUUUGCUCCGAACGAGUACCGAAAAGCCAAAAGUGAAGGAAGACCCAACGAAACCAAACCCGAACCCACCACUCCUCCUCCAAUUCCACCCUGUCUUUUCCUUUAUUCUUCCCCUUUUUCUUCCCGGAGCCCAGGAGAGGCUCUAACCAGAAGGCGCAUGCCCCUCCUCCUGGUUACUUCAUACGUUUGAACAAUACUGGAUCAAAAGACGAUUUAUAUCUAAGUAAAAGGGAUAGAAUGCGCAGGUGGCUUUGUUGUGCUUGUCAAGUUGAAGAACCCUACCCAUCAGCGGAAAGUGAGCACCUAAAAAGCCCAGGAAGUUAUGGAGAUGGUGGUCACCAAAAGGUCUCAAAAGAGCCAGCUUCUCACAAAUCUGAAGCACCAAAAGCUCCACCUCCCAUAGAUGUUCCAGCGUUGUCUCUGGAAGAAUUGAAAGAAAAGACUGACAACUUCGGGUCCAAGGCAUUGAUUGGUGAAGGGUCUUACGGUCGAGUUUAUUAUGCUAGAUUAAGCGAUGGGAAAACUGUGGCAGUAAAGAAGCUGGAUGUUUCCUCCGAGCCUGACUCGAGUGUCGACUUUUUGACUCAGGUUUCUACAGUCUCAAGGUUGAAACAUGAAAAUUUUGUUGAGUUGCACGGAUACUGCGUUGAAGGAAAUCUCCGUGUUCUUGCAUAUGAGUUUGCAACUAUGGGUUCUCUACAUGACGUAUUGCACGGUAGAAAGGGAGUGCAAGGGGCACAGCCUGGUCCAGUGCUCGAUUGGAUGCAACGUGUGAGAAUCGCUGUCGAUGCAGCUAGAGGAUUGGAGUACUUGCAUGAGAAGGUUCAACCUUCUAUCAUACAUAGAGAUGUUAGAUCCAGCAAUGUGCUUCUUUUUGAAGAGUACAAAACAAAGAUUGCAGACUUUAACCUUUCUAACCAAGCUCCGGACAUGGCUGCACGACUUCAUUCUACUCGAGUUUUAGGAACUUUUGGCUACCAUGCUCCAGAGUAUGCUAUGACAGGACAAUUGACACAAAAGAGCGAUGUCUACAGCUUUGGAGUCGUUCUACUCGAGCUUUUGACUGGGAGGAAACCCGUUGAUCACACCAUGCCUCGCGGGCAGCAGAGUCUUGUUACUUGGGCUACUCCAAGGCUAAGUGAAGACAAAGUUAAACAAUGUGUUGAUCCAAGGCUGAAGGGUGAAUAUCCACCUAAAGGAGUCGCCAAGCUGGCUGCUGUGGCAGCACUGUGUGUGCAAUAUGAAGCCGAGUUCAGGCCGAACAUGAGCAUUGUCGUCAAGGCUCUCCAGCCGCUUCUAAAGCCACCUACGCCUAUGCCUGCAUCGUCUCCUGAACCUUGAAGUAAAUUGAUAUCGAUUUUCUUCCUCACUGUUGAUAUAUGUCAGCCUACAUUGCAAAGUUUGGUUUCAUGGUGAUCAUAAAGAAUUCAUAUAUUCAUUAUUUGUUCCAAUUAUUAUUGUUGUUUUCCCUUGAAGAUCCUCGAGUCAUGUUUAGCCCUCAGUUCUAAAUGUUUUUCCAUUUCGUUUUUGGAGUAUGAGACUGUGGGAGUGGAUGCUAUGGGGGAAACACUACGUAUGAUUAUUAUUUACUUUCCCCCUCACUCUUUUGAUAUCAAUGGAUAUGGGUUGGUCUUUUCAGCUUGUCA